AUGACUCCCAUAUCAGUAAGACACACACAUCGUGAUUCAAGAAUUUCACCAAUAAUGGAAUUGGCUCACAGUUUGUUGCUAAAUGAAGAAGCUUUGGCCCAAAUUACUGAAGCAAAGAGGCCUGUCUUUAUCUUUGAAUGGUUGCGAUUUCUUGACAAAGUACUGGUAGCUGCAAACAAGACUGAUGUGAAAGAAAAACAGAAAAAGCUUGUUGAACAACUCAGUGGAUUAAUAAGUAGUUCUCCUGGCCCUCCAACAAGGAAAUUAUUAGCCAAAAAUCUUGCAGCUCUUUAUAGCAUUGGAGAUACUUUUACUGUUUUUCAAACUCUUGAUAAGUGUAAUGAUAUUAUCAAAAAUAAAGAUGACACUGCGGCCUAUUUGCCAACCAAACUGGCUGCUGUAGCAUGUGUUGGGGCAUUUUAUGAAAAAAUGGGAAGGAUGUUAGGAAGUGCAUUUCCAGAAACAGUUAACAAUCUUUUGAAGUCUCUGAAAAGUGCAGAGUCUCAGGGCCGAAGUGAAAUCUUAAUGAGUUUACAAAAAGUCCUAAGUGGGCUAGGUGGUGCAGCAGCAUCCUGUCAUCGUGAUAUUUAUAAGAAUGCAAGAUCUCUGCUAAGUGAUAGAUCUAUGGCUGUUAGGUGUGCAGUAGCUAAAUGUCUGCUGGAACUGCAGAAUGAAGCUGUAUUUAUGUGGACAGCUGAAUUGGAAAAUAUAGCCACACUAUCUUUUAAGGCUUUGGAAAGCUCAAAUUAUGGGGUUCGAGUGGCAGUGGCAAAACUCUUGGGAACAGUUAUGGCAACAGCAUUGAUGCCUAAACAGGCAACAGUAAUGCGUCAGAAUGUGAAAAGGGCUACUCUAGAUGAAGUCUUAGAACUCAUGGCCACAGGAUUUCUACGUGGUGGGUCUGGAUUCUUAAAGAGUGGUGGAGAAAUGUUAAAAGUUGGUGGGUCAGUUAAUCGUGAAGUAAGAGUUGGAGUCACACAGGCAUAUGUUGUUUUUGUUACAACACUAGGUGGUCAGUGGUUAGAACGCAGCUUUGCUACCUUCUUGUCCCACGUACUUGAUCUGGUUUCACAUCCUCGGGCCACUCAAACACAUGUAGAAGCUGUGUACUCAAGAAGAUGUGUCUCCUUUAUCCUCAGAGCUACAGUAGGCAGUUUGCUUGGGGAAAAAGCUCAGAUUGCAGCCGCCAAAGAAAUCUGCCAAGCCAUUGGAAAACAAAUGAAAGUAGUGGAAGCAGUAGUGAAUGAUACAAGCAGUGAAAACAAAUCUGGAGCAGCUGACAUAGCAGCAAGUCAGCAUGUGAUGGUGUGUGCCUUACAGGAGCUUGGUAGCUUAGUCCAAAGCUUAAAUGCCACUGCAUCACCUCUUAUUCAGGAAGCAUCUAUAGGUCUUUUGGAGACUGUAACUUCAGUGCUUCUGCAUCCAAGUAUGGCUGCCCGACUUGCUGCAGCAUGGUGUUUGCGUUGUGUAGCUGUGGCUUUGCCUUUCCAGUUGACUCCAUUUCUAGACAGAUGUGCUGAAAGGCUCAAUAAUUUGAAGACCUCACCUGAAGCUGUUAGUGGUUACAGUUUUGCAAUGGCUGCCUUGUUAGGUGGAGUACAUCAGUGCCCACUGGGUAUUCCUCAUGCCAAAGGAAAGAUGGUAGUAAGUAUUGCUGAAGACCUCUUACGAACUGCUGCUCAAAACAGUAGGCUAUCUUUGCAGCGCACUCAAGCUGGAUGGCUUCUGCUUGGAGCACUUAUGACUUUAGGUCCUUCUGUUGUUCGUUACCAUUUACCAAAAAUGUUACUAUUAUGGCGAAAUGUCUUUCCUCGUUCCUUAAAGGAGCUAGAAGCUGAAAAGGCACGAGGAGAUUCUUUUACUUGGCAGGUAACAUUGGAAGGCCGAGCUGGAGCUUUAUGUGCAAUGCGGAGUUUUGUUGCUCAUUGUCCUGAGCUCCUAACUGAGGAUGUGAUUAGAAAAUUGAUGACUCCUAUUGAAUGUGCCAUGACGAUGAUGUCACACAUUCCAUCUGUAAUUAAAGCCCAUGGAGCUCAUCUGAAGGCUAGUGCUGCAAUGGUCCGUUUAAGGCUUUAUGAUAUUUUGGCAUUGUUACCCCCCAAAACUUAUGAAGGAUCUUUUAAUGCACUUCUUAGGGAGCUGGUGGCAGAAUUUACUUUAACAGAUAACUCUGCCAAUACAACUACCUCCCUUCUCAGAUCUCUCUGCCAUUAUGAUGACAGUGUUCUUCUUGGUUCCUGGCUUCAAGAAACUGAUCAUAAAUCAAUUGAAGAUCAGCUCCAGCCAAAUAGUGCAUCUGGGAGUGGUGCUUUAGAGCAUGACCCAUCCUCCAUUUAUUUACGAAUACCUGCUGGUGAAGCUGUUCCUGGUCCUCUUCCCCUUGGUGUCUCAGUAAUUGAUGCUUCAGUUGCUCUCUUUGGUGUAGUAUUUCCUCAUGUUUCUUAUAAACACAGAUUACAAAUGCUGGAUCAUUUUGCUGAGUGUGUCAAACAAGCUAAAGGUGUUCGUCAGCAGGCUGUUCAACUUAAUAUUUUCACUGCUGUUCUCAGUGCAUUAAAGGGCUUAGCUGAAAACAAAAGCACUUUAGGACCUGAGGAAGUCCGCAAAUCUGCUCUGACAUUGGUUAUGGGUGCUCUUGAUAAUCCAAAUCCCAUUUUAAGAUGUGCAGCGGGAGAAGCCCUUGGAAGAAUGGCUCAGGUGGUUGGAGAAGCAACUUUCAUUGCUAGAAUGGCUCAAUAUAGCUUUGACAAAUUAAAAUCUGCUCGAGAUGUUGUUUCCCGAACUGGCCAUUCAUUGGCUCUUGGUUGUCUGCAUCGAUAUGUUGGAGGGAUAGGAUCAGGACAACACCUCAAGACUAGUGUUAGUAUUUUAUUAGCACUGGCCCAGGAUGGAACUUCACCUGAAGUCCAGACCUGGUCUCUUCAUUCACUUGCUUUGAUAGUGGAUUCUAGUGGGCCAAUGUAUCGUGGUUAUGUCGAGCCAACUUUGUCCCUAGUUCUCACAUUGCUGUUGACAGUUCCACCAUCUCAUACAGAAGUUCAUCAAUGUUUGGGUCGAUGUUUAGGUGCUAUAAUAACCACUGUUGGACCUGAACUGCAGGGGAAUGGAGCAACAAUCUCAACAAUCCGCUCUUCCUGUUUGGUUGGUUGUGCAAUCACACAAGACCACUCAGAUUCUCUUGUUCAGGCAGCUGCCAUAUCUUGCCUCCAACAGCUACAUAUGUUUGCACCACGGCAUGUCAAUCUAUCCAGUCUGGUUCCUAGCCUUUGUGUUCAUUUAUGUAGUUCCCAUUUAUUACUCCGGCGGGCAGCAGUUGCAUGUCUUCGGCAACUUGCACAGCGAGAAGCUGCUGAAGUAUGUGAAUAUGCUAUGAGCCUUGCAAAAAAUGCAGGAGACAAAGAAAACAGUGGCAUAAAUGAUCUUUUAGUGCUCCAUCUCUCUGACCUGAUACGCAUGGCAUUCAUGGCUGCUACUGAUCACAGCAACCAGCUGCGGAUGGCUGGGCUCCAAGCACUUGAGGACAUUAUCAAGAAAUUUGCAACUGUUCCUGAGCCAGAAUUUCCAGGUCAUGUGAUUCUGGAGCAGUAUCAAGCUAAUGUGGGAGCAGCUCUCAGACCAGCUUUUUCACAAGAUACUCCAUCAGACAUAAUUGCAAAAGCUUGCCAGGUUUGUAGCACAUGGAUUGGAAGUGGAGUUGUUAGUGAUCUCAAUGAUCUCCGUCGAGUACACAAUUUGCUUGUUUCCUCACUUGACAAAGUACAGGCAGGAAAAGGAUCUUCCAGCCAACUUUAUAGAGAAAGUGCCACAACCAUGGAAAAACUAGCAGUGCUAAAAGCUUGGGCUGAGGUUUAUGUCGUUGCCAUGAAUAUUAAAAAGGAAGCAGAGACUAAACCAAAAAGAGCCACAAAAACGACUGAUGAUGAAGAUGAUGAUUAUGGAACCAUAGAUGAGCUGCCACCAGAUAGUUUAAUUACACUUGUACAACCUGAGUUGCCUAUACUUAGCCGCCUCUGGUUGGCAGCAUUAAAAGAUUAUGCACUUUUGACCUUACCAGCUGAAUUUUCAAGUCAGCUUCCACCAGAUGGGGGAGCAUUUUAUACUCCAGAGACAAUUGAUACAGCUCGGCUUCAUUACCGGAACUCUUGGGCUCCAAUUCUCCACGCAGUAGCACUUUGGUUAAAUAGUACAGGAUUUACUAGUUCAGAACCAAUUGAAGAAACAUCAGUACCUGGUUCACAAAAACGUCCAACACCUGUCAUUUUAAACCAGGCACCUGGAGCAACAGCUAACACUAAAUCUUUGCCAGAAAUUAACAAAGACAGAAUGCAUCUGAUUUUAGGUGUUAGUAUACAGUUUCUUUGUUCCCCAAGACCUGAGGAACCUAUUGAACAUGUUACAGCAUGUCUGCAGGCACUGCAUACUUUGCUGGAUUCCCCUUGUGCCAGAAUUCAUAUUGGAGAAGAUCAGCUAAUUGGUGUUGAGCUGCUGAAUGUGCUACAUCGACUCCUUUUGACUUGGAAUCCACCGUCAGUCCAACUGCUGGUAACUGGAGUGGUACAGCAGAUAGUUAGAGCAGCUCAAGAUCAUUUGCAAGAAAAAAGAAAUACUCUAAAUGAAGAUGAUAUGGAAAAAGAGACUUGCCCUGUAUUAGGAGAAGGAGGUGACAGUGGUGGUCUUGUUCCUGGAAAAUCUCUUGUCUUUGCAACCAUGGAGCUAUUGAUGUUCAUCUUAGUACGGCAUAUGCCACAUCUCAGUACCAAGAUGUCAGAUUCACCAAGUCAUGUAUCCACCAAAACGCAAUUAUCUGAAGAAAGUGCCCGUUUAGUGGCAGCCUCAGUUACCAUCCUCUCAGACCUGCCAUCGCUUUGCUCUCCUGCUGGAUGUAUGACAAUAUUACCUACAAUCCUGUUUCUGAUUGCAAGAAUAUUGAAAGACACAGCAAUUAAAUCUGGAGAUAACCAAGUACCUCUCCCAGUCAGUGCAGCCCUACAAGGAAUUAAAAAUAUUGUGACUCUUUCAAUGGCCAAGACUGAUCAAACUCAAAAGCAAUGGACUGAUCUAAUUCGUAGCACCCUUGCAUGUAUCCUAGAAUAUUCUCAACCAGAAGAUUCAAUGCCUAUUCCUGAUGAAGUGAGCAUGCUUACAGCUAUUGCACUCUUCCUAUGGUCUGCUAGUACUGAAAUAAUUGGAGUCCAGUCAUUACAGAAUGGCUGCAUGAACAGAUUUAAAAAUGCAUUGAAUUCUUGUGAUCCAUGGGUUCAAGCAAAGUGCUACCAGCUUCUUCUUUCAGUCUUUCAGCAUUCCAAUCGUGCCCUUUCAACUCCCUACAUCCAUUCAUUAGCUCCAAUAAUGGUUGAAAAACUAAAAGCUGUUGAAAGGAGCCGGCCAACUAGUAGUACAGAGCUUUUAGCUGUUCAAGAAGGAAUCAAAGUUCUUGAAACACUGGUUGCCCUUGGUGAAGAGCAGAACAGAGUCCAGUUGCUUGCUCUUUUAGUUCCAACUUUGAUUUCAUAUUUGCUAGAUGAAAAUGCUUUUGAUUCAGCACUUACAGCAUCCAAAGAUCUUCAUGAGUUUGCACUCCAGAAUCUAAUGCACAUUGGGCCUCUCUAUCCACAUGCUUUCAAGACUGUAAUGGGGGCUGCUCCAGAGUUGAAAACACGACUGGAAACUGCAGUUCGAGCAAGUCAAGCUAGCAAAGCAAAAGCAGCUGCCAGACAACCAGCACCUGCCAUACAUUCUGCCCCAACAAUUAAACUCAAAACAAGCUUUUUUUGAAUUUACUAUUCCAUUCCUUUUUAUUUACAUUGGUACAAACACCAAAUUAGUCAUUGGUUCUACAUCUUUCCAUCUUUGUUUAUUUGUACAUUGACAUUAGUGUUUUGAAAUGAGUUAAAUGAAAUAAUUCUAUAGGUUCAUGUUUAUUUUUAUCAUGUAUGUGAAUUUAUUUCCUUUUUGUAAGAUAAUGUUUCUUUUCCUUUUAGUUUACUGCAUAGGGUUUAGUUUUAUGAAUUUAAAUUCUAUCCUUUAAAAAGCAACUCAGAUAUAUCAUGUAUCAGCUAAAUGAUAUGAUGACAAAAAGUUAAAAAAGCAUUUGUCAUAAAAGAAUUUACUUGCAGAAAUGAGAAGAAAUCAAAAUGAUGAACAAAAACUUGAAGCCUAAUUUAUUUUCUGGUAUGUAUAAUAAAAUGAAAUAGAUAUAAUAUUUUCUGAGAAUAUACUACACAAUGAAAUGUCCUUACCUUUCCAGCAGGUAUUUCUUUACUUUUAGAUUUAAAUAACUAAAUUAUUCUCUGUCCAUAUGCUGGUUGUUAAAAAUAAUUUAAGGAAUAAAACUCAUUUAAAGGUGCA